AUGGUGCAAAAGGGACCUCGGCCUUUAGUUUUAUGUGGACCUUCAGGAUCGGGUAAAAGUACUUUAUUAAAGCGUCUACUGAAAGAAUUUCCUGAUAAAUUUGGUUUUAGUAUAUCGCAUACAACGAGAGGUCCUCGACCUGGCGAGAAAGAUGGUGUUCAUUACCAUUUUACUAGUAAGGAUAAAAUGUUGGCUGCAAUCGAGAAAGGAGAAUUCAUCGAAAGUGCUACUUUCAGUGGGAAUAUGUAUGGAACUAGCAAAAGAGCUGUUGAAGAUGUCCGCCGCACUGGUAAAACCUGUACACUUGAUAUAGACAUUGAAGGAGUAAAGCAAAUUAAACAUACAGAUUUGGAUCCUCUACUUGUAUUUAUAAUGCCACCAUCUAUAGAAGAAUUAGAGAGGCGCUUAAGAACAAGAAAUACUGAACAAGAAGAUGCUUUGAAAAAGAGGUUGGAAGUGGCUUGUCGAGAGAUUGAAUAUGGACAGGAACCAGGAAAUUUCCACAUUAUAAUCAUCAAUGAUAACUUGGAUAAAGCCUACACAGAGCUGAGGGAAUUCAUUUCCCAGAACUUGAAUAAUAAAGUGGCUGAAGGAAACAACUCACAGGAG